UGGUAUCUUCCACUCGCCAGCUGAUCGGCCUCGACUCCCGGUGCGGUCCGUCGGACUGUACGCGGCCGUUAAUUUCUUGAUUUUUGUCUAAAUUACAUCGAAUUCAUUGUAACGGCCGCUCGUGUCCGCAUCGUUUACUUAUUACACCGCGUUUUCAGCUCGGGGAUUUCGUUGUAAAGCAUUUUUGAUCAAACGUCGAGUCGAGGAAUUCCCGCACAAGCACUAGGCCACUAGCGGAUCCCCGGUGUUUCCUGCAGAAACCUGCCGCCUUCACAUCGCCACCAUGGGGGACACAGGAAGCGAGCGCAGCAAGCCGCCUAGCAUUCCUCCCCGCUGCCCUUGUGGAUUUUGGGGGUAAGACGAUUCAUUUUACACGUCCAGCAAAACCAUGAACCUUUGCUCCAAAUGUUUUGCUGACAUACAGAAGAAGCCACCAGACGAAGACUGCACUCCAGAGCCCGCCCCCAGCUCAAGCAAAAGCCAAUCAGCAGUCUUCUGUAACGAGACGAGCAGCAGCAGUAGCCAAACCCUGUCCUCCAAGCCAGCCAGCUCUGAUGAGCCCUCGACAGAAGCCACACCUCUUCCUGCACAGGACGAAGUCUCCAGUACAGACACAGCUCGCGGCACGCUAUCCACUCCUACAAAACGACCCUGCGACUCAGCCUCAGGUUCGGAGAGCGAGUCGUCUCCCGAGAAGCGUGUUCGUGUGGGAGAGGCCUCAUGUUCUGAAGAUUCUCCUCGGGUUCCCAAGCAGAAGAACCGUCGGCGGUGCCAUCGCUGCCAAACCAAACUGGAGCUCGUACAACAGGAGCUGGGGUCCUGUCGCUGUGGUUAUGUGUUCUGCAUGUUGCACCGGUUGCCGGAGCAACACAACUGUAUGUUUGACCAUCUGGGCCGUGGCCGAGAGGAAGCUGUGCUGAAGAUGGUGAAACUGGACCGUAAGGUGGGCCGAACCUGCCAGCGCAUCGGAGAGGAGUGCUCUUGAACGCCCCCUGCACACACACACAUACUCUCUCUCACUCGCAAACACACACACACACACACACACACACCACACGACUCACUCACCUGUUAGUGGUAUCUUUUUUCCCUCCAAACACAUCUCAGAGGACCUACACCCCUGCUUGACCUCUGACCCCUCUUUGUAGCCUCGUGCUCAUCACACACAGGCGACUCGCACAGCCUUAACUUUCUGUUAUCUGUCCAUCCACACACCCAAAUGCAGGUCAGACUAAUUUGGCGGUCUGUACUUUGGAGUCUCAGAGGCUGCGAUCGACUCCAGUGGAAACAAAUCGAUUGAUCG